AUGAGAGCUGUGGAGGUGGAAGACCUUAUAAGGGAAUAUAUUGGGGUUUGUGUUAUUAGCCAAGGAAGCCCUGCACCGGGUGUCUUGCACAGCACAGAGGUACAAGGCACUGUCAGAGACCUCAACUUCCUCCAGCUUCAGGACACUGGAUUUCCCUGCGGUGUUCAGCAACGUGGUGAAACGGCCGCUCUGCUUGGAGCCAGCUGCUGCCUCCGUGGGGAGACUUUGGGCAUCAUUGGACUAGGCCGAGUUGGACAGGCAGUGGCUGUGCGAGCCAAGUCCUUUGGCUUCAACGUGAUUUUCUAUGAUCCCUAUCUGCCGGAUGGAGUGGAGCGAUCCUUGGGUUUACAACGAGUAGGAACCCUGCAGGAUCUACUAAUGCACAGCGAUUGCAUCACAUUGCACCGCAGCCUGAACGAACAUAACCAUCACCUCAUCAAUGACUUCACUAUUAAACAGAUGCGCCAGGGCUGCUUCUUAGUGAACACAGCCCGCGGAGGGCUGGUAGAUGAGAAAGCCUCAGCACAAGCCUUGAAAGAGGGGAGAAUCAGAGGAACAGCAUUGGCCGUACAUGAGUCUGAGCCUUUCAGCUUUGCUCAGGGGCCCUUAAAAGAUGCACCCAAUGGGAUCUGUACCCCUCACACCGCCUGGUACAGUGAGCAGGCUUCCAUUGAAUCCAGAGCAGGUGCAGCUAAAGAGAUCCGCAGAGCUAUUACAGGUCACAUACCUGAUGCUUUGAGGAACUGUGUUAAUAAGGAGUACCUGCUGUUAGCAGCUCAGUGGUCCAGUAUUGAUCCUGCAACUGUCCACCCAGAACUCAGUGGAGCUGCAGCUUACAGGUUUCCUCCAGGAGUAGUGGGAGUAGCCACGCCUGGGCUACCAGAACCGCCAGUAGUGGAAGGGAUCGUAGCUCAUGGGAUCCCUCCUGUUUCUCACCAUGCACCGCGUACCCCUUCCCCAGGAGACACGAGCAAACUGGAUGCAGACAGAGAGAUUCCUGCUGACCAAUAGCAGCAUCUUUCUCUCCUCUGGCAGCAGAAAAAAGCAGGGGGGUAUCUCCUCCUAGGACCUUCUUUAACACCCGACAGAGACUGUUUCCUGUUCAUACAGGACGGGAGAAUGCAUUUCAUUACCGGCAAACUUCAGCUCUUGCCUUUAUUUUGUAACCCUUUUGUUUUAAUCUCUCAGUGAAUCUUUCUCCUUCUCUGAGGCAGGGCAGCAGUGACCUUGCCUCCCCUCAGAAAUACUUGGUUUAACAAAUGAGUUUUUCAGUAUAUCUGCCUCGGUUGUCUGUGAAAGGGAACUGUCCUUGUGCACUUGAGAAUAGAAGUGGAGCUGCCUGAUCAGGGAUGGCCCUCAGUGUUCCUAA